AUGUCGUACAGCGAGCGCGAUUCCAAGAAGCGCAAGACCGACCACAAUGGUGGUGGGCAGGAGAAAGGAUCCUUCAAGCCUGCUGGGACUUUUAGUCCUACUGAUGGAGGUCGACCUUGGACUCUUUCUGUCGCAAUUCCUAGCAGUAUCCUAGCAAACCUUACUACUGCCGACCAGCGAAUGGCACAGCCUGCACGCAUUGCUCGUGCUCUCGCCAUCUUCUCUGUCGACGAAGUCAUCGUAUUUGACGAUUCACCUCUUUCUUCCAGACCUCGUCAAACAGACCCAAACAGCUACACAGGCGACACCGACCCAUGCCACUUCCUUUCGCAUAUUCUGUCCUACCUUGAGGCGCCCCCCUUCAUGCGCAAGGUUCUUUUCCCUCUUCACCCUAACCUGCGACUCACUGCCGCGCUGCCCACUCUCGACAUGCCGCAUCAUCCCAACCCUAGGGAUUACCUUCCUUACGGGGAGGGAUACACUGUCGCUGGCAUGACUAGCACAGGAUCAGGAACCCUUGUUGAAUGUGGCCUAGAAAAGCCUGUCGAAAUUGAGGCAGAAAUCCCACCCAAGACGAGGAUAACACUCAAGUUUCCUGAAGACGAGAACGAAUACCCUGAGCCUGUGCACCCCGCUGCGCCAAGAACCGAGGGUGGUUACUACUGGGGCUACACCGUCAGAAAGGCCGGCUCUCUUUCCAAGGUCUUUACUGAGAGCCCCUACGAGAAUGGUUAUGACAUUAGUAUUGGCACAUCUGAACGUGGUGUUCCCGCUUCAAGGGCAUUCCCGCCUACCAAGAGAAUUAACUUUAACCAUCUCCUCAUGGUGUUCGGUGGCCCUCGUGGUAUAGAAUUCGCAGCUAUGAACGAUGAAGAGCUUAGCAGCAUGGACAUUCAGGGCCCCAAAACGAAAGAGCUAUUUGAUCAUUGGGUCAAUGUUCUGCCUGGUCAGGGCAGUCGAAACAUCAGGACGGAUGAGGCUGUUUUUAUUGCUUUGACUGCAUUGCGAGGUAUUUGGGAUUCUAAUUAG